CCAAAUGCCAUGGAUGCACUCAACUUCACUUACUGGAAUGCCUCUGAAGGCAAUGACACUGAGGUUGUGGAGGAGAAUGAGAGCCCAUACAAGACCGUGGAGGUGGUAUUCAUUGUGUUGGUGGCCGGAUCUCUUAGUUUGGUGACAAUUAUUGGGAAUAUCCUGGUUAUGCUCUCCAUCAAAGUGAACAGGAAUCUACAGACUGUCAACAACUAUUUUUUAUUCAGUCUUGCAUGUGCAGACCUCAUCAUUGGACUGUGCUCCAUGAACUUGUAUACAGUCUAUAUAGUGAUAGGAUACUGGCCGCUGGGACCAGUAGUGUGUGAUCUCUGGCUAGCCUUGGACUAUGUGGUCAGCAAUGCGUCUGUUAUGAAUCUCCUCAUUAUAAGUUUUGAUAGAUACUUCUGUGUCACGAAGCCCCUGAGCUACCCUGUCAAAAGGACCACUAAGAUGGCGGGCAUGAUGAUCGCAGCAGCUUGGGUCCUCUCCUUCAUCCUGUGGGCUCCAGCCAUUCUCUUCUGGCAGUUUAUUGUUGGUGGGCGAACAGUUCCCGAGAAGGAGUGCUACAUCCAGUUCUUCUCUAAUGCUGCUGUCACGUUUGGUACGGCCAUUGCAGCCUUUUACCUGCCUGUCAUUAUCAUGAUUCAGCUUUACUGGCAGAUUUCCAGAGCCAGCAAAAGCCGUGUAAAAAAAGAGAACCGCAAAACAGCAGGAGCAACCCCUGAGCCCUUGUCACCGGGUCAAAGCAGAAACAAUGCCCCCAAACCCACAAAUAACAACGUUCCAGGGGAGGACACAGGCCACUGUCAGAGUCAGACCACAGAUGAUGGGGGCCAUCAGCAGGAUGGGAAACUGCAGAAUGGCAAAGGGCCCUCCAGCACCGCUGAGGGGGAGCAGGCGGAGGGGGACGACUCUGCCCGGGAGAACUGCGCUCCAGGAGAGGAGAAAGAGAGCUCCAAUGACUCUACCUCUGGCAGUGCAGCCAUGUCCAACCAGAAAGAUGAGGAGGUGGCACCCUGUGCGGCUAACUCGUCUGCUGAAGCCACCCAGGCACCCCCACGUCAGCGCGCCAAGGCAGGGGGAUCCAAGCUGACAUGCAUCAAGAUCAAAACAAAAUCACCUAAGGGUGACUUCUAUACUCCAACAUCCAACGCCACUGUAGAGAUUGUCCCAGCCGCAGAGCGCCAAAACCAUGUGGCCCGAAAGAUUGUAAAGAUGACAAAGCAGCCACCAAUCAAGAAGAAAAAAGCAGCACCAUCACGGGAGAAGAAAGUGACCCGUACUAUCAUGGCCAUCCUAGUGGCAUUUGUAGCCACCUGGACUCCUUACAACGUCAUGGUGCUCAUCAACACCUUCUGCUCCAGCUGCAUCCCCAGCACCGUGUGGACCAUCGGUUACUGGCUCUGCUAUAUCAACAGCACCAUCAACCCGGCCUGCUACGCCCUCUGCAAUGUCACCUUCAAAAAGACUUUCAAGCAUCUUCUGCUCUGCCAAUAUAAAAACAUUCGGUCGGCUAGAUAG